AGAUUAUUCCCAACCCCCAAUGUAUUUAGUGGUGGGAUCACAGUGGUGGUUGGGACGGCGUCUGGUCUAGAUCUCUCUCACUCUUCCUCCCGCCUAUGAGAUGACUCUGGUGUUGUUGUUUUUGGUUGUGCGGUAGUGCGAUGCUGCCCAACGUACUGAUGCCUGUCUUAGGACGAGGGAGUGAGGAGGGGCUUAGAAAAGGUCUGCUCGCCUCUUCGCAGUUCUUGGUCGAGAAUUUGCUCGGCUCAGAGAGGAGUCUCAGCCCGGAGGAUUCCGGCCCGGAAAGCCCUACAAGGAGGCCCAGGCAUCCUUCUCCCGUGCCUUCGGAUCAGGACGAAAAAGAUUGGCCAGACCGAGAAGUGAGAUGGGAACCCGGACCAUCUCAGGCGGCGGAGCUGGCCGUCAGGAGGACGAUGGGCACCGUCAGUCCGACCAACAUCCACAAGCCUCCCCUCAAAUUCAGCGUCAGCGCAAUCCUUGGACCAGACCAUGCGAAGCAGACUACAACGACAGGUAGUCUCUUAAGCAGUGGUCACUAUUUGGGAUUUAAUGGGUACAUAGCGAAACCUAUCCCGAGGCCUAGCCCUGGUUUCACUUCCGCCCAUAUUCACCACAGCCUCCUCGCCUGCCGGCAACCUUACAUUACAGCCGAACUGGUGCAAGAGAUGUGUGGUGCAGGUAGCGGGCAUGGAGGUCUCACGGCGACGACCGUCUUCCCACUUCCUGGCACUUUCCCCUGGGCACAGAGCCAGAGGGGCAAACCUAGACGAGGAAUGAUGAGGAGGGCCGUCUUCUCCGACCUCCAGAGGAAAGGACUGGAAAAGAGGUUCCAGAUACAGAAAUACAUCUCCAAGCCGGACAGGAAGAAGCUGGCGGAGAAACUCGGUCUCAAAGACUCUCAGGUUAAAAUCUGGUUUCAAAACCGGAGGAUGAAGUGGAGGAAUUCGAAAGAAAGGGAGCUGCUGGCGAGCGGUGGAUCCCGCGAGCAAACGCUCCCAAAUAAAAACAAUCCGCACCCCGAUCUCAGCGAUCCGGGAGGGACGAGGGCCCACGACACGGAAGAAGAGCAGAGCGCUGAAGACGACGAGGAAAUCAAUGUCACGUGACUACCUGAUGGCUGAACUGUGCUAAGUGAUCGAUAUGGAACCAAAUCUCCUCUUUCGAUUUCAACAUUUAAUUGCUAAAAAAUAUAUAUAUUAUAUAUAAUUUAUAUUAAGAUUUUAUAUUAUUGUUUAUUGUUACCAAAUGCUUUUAGGCAUAUGCCAACCGAACUUGCUUUGGAUUAUCCGAUAUUUUUAUGACUUUUUUUGGCAGUUUUGUAAAUAGAAUAAAUUUAAAUCGACCCUUUCAGAUAGUAGUGGAGAGAUGAGAAUUUACUUUUUCAAAGCGGGAUAUUAUUUUUACGAGAAAUUUGUUCAAUAGAGGGUGGGACCGAGAUUGGUACACUAAAGAUUUCAAAAGGAAAAACUUCAAACACUCACUGUUACAAGAAAUAAUAAUGAUAAACAUUUAAAAGAAAAAACAAAAAUUAUAUAACAAAUAAUAAUGAAAAACCAGUGUGUACAUAAAUGAUAUAUGUUCAUGUAUUUAUUGUAUAACUAAUAUUAACAAAGUUAGUGUAAUGUCUUAUGGAAAGUCUGUAAAAAUUAAAUUCAUUAUAAAUAUUUAUAUUAGAUUUUUUUCCUUGGAUGUAAUGGACAUAGACAUACAACUUCACCGGGGAAAAGAUCAUCCUGGCGCGGGUUCCCGGGCACACUAACCUGGAACGAACAAUCAGAUAAGGCAGGAAUGAUAGUCACGUAGAGACCACACGACCUCUUGCACUCUGUACCUCCUGCAGAUUUACAAAGAACAAGUGCUAAUGUAAUAAAAUAUGAAUGGAGAACCCCCUGAUACAAAGAGCCACGUCCAAAUUAUACAAAUUUAAUAAAGACAUCCCUGGCUUGUGGAUACUGGGUCUCACAUGUCAUACUUCCAGGUGCACAUAGAUCAUACAGAGAUCACAUACACCUCAUGAGGGGGAGACCUCGAAGGUGCCCAGUUGGGUGAAGAAUUGAUCACGGUAGAGCACAUAAUAUUAAUAACAGACUGCAAAGAGAUAUAUCCCGAAUGACCUAUGCGAGGUGUCUUGGGACAGCAGGUACAGAUCGCUUAUUAUCCCUAAUUACCUCGAGUAAUAUCGAGUACUCUGGGGUAGCGUGAAGUGGUUAGCUAAAUCUACUCCCACGGAAAAUCUCUGCCUGUACAUCCAGGAGGAAAAAUCUUGUUCCUUCGAGACUGCGUGUGCUUUGAUGCGAAUUUGUGUAGAACCAUUUCCCUCUUGGAACCACUUGGUGUCCUGCAGUGUGGUAGUCGAAGGGUACGUGUCCUUUGAUGCGAAUUUGUGCAGAACCAUUUCCCUCUUGGAAUCUCUUGAUGUCCUGCAGUGUGGUAGUCGAAGGUUGCGAGUGCUUUGAUACGAAUUUGGGCAGAACCAUUUCCCUCUUGGAACCACUUGGUGUCCUGCAGUGUGGUAGUCGAAGGGUACGUGUCCUUUGAUGCGAAUUUGUGCAGAACCAUUUCCCUCUUGGAAUCUCUUGAUGUCCUGCAGUGUGGUAAUCGAAGGUUGCGUGUGCUUGCUCCAAACUAUGAAAAUUUAUGUUGCGAAAAGAAAAAAAA